UACAAAAUCAGACUAAUAAAUGCAAUUAGACAAGCAGAAAGUGAUAAAGAAAAAUAUAUAGUAGCUAAAUCCUUUCAUAACGACAUUCUAUAUGGCAUUUCAACGGCAUUUUGCACUUUUCCUGGUAUUAUUGGUGGUCUACAGUACACCAUUCAGGGCUGCAGUAUUAGAGAGGGAAAAUGAGAGUUCAGAAAGGUCAUCCGGAGUAGCCACUGCGGACACCAACGGUACCUCUGGUGGGCAUGCCCCUGCAGCAAUCUCAACAUUACCAAUCGUUACCUGGAAAUGGCCUCAUGUAGAAACUCCAUACUUGGUGGCUCUCUGGAUACUGACAUGCUGGCUUUGUAAAUUAGUUUGUGAACUCAACCACAGUCUCACCGCUGUGUUCCCAGAGAGCGGUCUACUCAUCAUAUUGGGAUUUAUUUUGGGUGGAAUUGUCUGGGGAGCAGACAAAGCACAGACCUUCAAAUUGGCACCUGUUAACUUCUUCUACUACUUGUUGCCCCAGAUCAUCUUGGAUGCAAGUUACUGCAUGCCAAACAAACUGUUCUUUAGCAACUUGGGAGCCAUUCUUGUCCAUGCCAUUAUUGGAACAUGCUGGAAUGCAGGCGCAGUGGGUGUCGCACUUUGGGCCUGCUAUGAAGGGGGCGCAAUGGGGACCUUAAACAUCGGCCCACUGCAGUUCUUGUUGUUUGGUGCUCUGAUGUCAGCUGUUGACCCCGUGGCUGUGAUCGCAGUGUUUGAAGAAGUGCAUGUAAACGAGGUGCUCUACAUCCUUGUGUUUGGAGAGUCAUUGCUCAAUGAUGGAGUCACAGUGGUGCUUUAUAAUGUGUUUGAUGCAUUUGUGUCUCUGGGAGGCCCAAAGAUUAAUGCUGUAGAGAUCAUCAAAGGCAUAAUUUCGUUCUUUGUGGUGGCAUUUGGAGGCUCAUUUCUUGGUGUUGUUUUUGCCAUUCUGAUAUCCAUGCUGACCAGGAUCACCAAGAAUGUCCAGGUUAUUGAAGCCGGCUUCAUCAUUGUUAUUGGCUACCUGUCUUACCUGACUGCUGAGAUGCUCUCACUCUCUGCAAUACUUUCGAUCACUUUCUGCGGUGUCUGCUGUCAGAAGUAUAUCAAAGCCAACAUGGAUGAAAAAUCGGUAACAACGUUACGUUAUGCCCUGAAGUUGAUGGCUAACGGCUCUGAGACCAUGAUCUUUGUCUUCCUGGGAGUUUCGGCCAUCGAUAAAAACAUCUGGGUUUGGAACACUGGCUUCAUCCUCCUCACCAUCCUUUUCAUCAUUGUAUUCAGGAUCAUGGGUGUUUUCUUCCUCAACUGGAUCUUAAACCAGUCUAGACUGAUUCCCAUUGACAUCACAGACCAGAUUGUAAUGAGCUACGGUGGCCUCCGAGGAGCAGUGGCAUAUGGAUUGGCGGCUACUUUAGAUGAGAAUAAGAUCCCAGAAAAGAAACUAAUGCUUGGUACCACACUCAUUGUGGUGUAUUUCACUGUCAUUCUUCAGGGAAUCUCCAUGAAACCACUGGUUCAAUGGCUGAAGGUUAAAAGGUCAACUCCAUCUGAUCUGACACUCAAUGGAAAAAUGAACAACAGGGCAUUUGAACACAUAAUGACAGCAAUGGAAGACAUCUGUGGCCGAAUGGGAGAUAACUGGUGGACCAGACAUUGGAAUAAUUUUGAGGACAAGUACAUAUGUUGGUGGCUAAUGAAGAGUGACGCCAGAAAGCACAAAGACCAAAUUUUUGGUGCCUUCCACAAACUCAAUCUGGAAGAUGCUUCAAAAUAUGUCACUGAGGGUGAACGCAAAGGUUCUUUGGCUUUCAUUCGUAAUGAUGACAGAGCCAAUGUCGACUUCGAGAAGAAGCUUGCUUUAGAGUAUGCAGACAUCAUUCCCAAUUUCAUGGCUGACAUGUCAGAUUACGACUUUGGCAUUGAACAUGUUCCAGUGACCAUAAAGAACCAGAUUCCCUCAGUUUCCCUGGACAUCCAUGAGCAAGACAAGAAAAACAUGAACGAUGACCUCAACGCUCAUCAUCUACUAGAUCAGCAUCUUUACAGGAGCAGAACAUAUAACCGUCCCACUUACAGCCGUAGUCACUAUAACACCACUGAGAAUCCAGAUGAAGUGCAAGAGAUCUUCCAAAGGACUAUGAGAAGCCGCCUUGAGUCCUUCAGAUCUGCUAAGAGGGAUGUCAACCCUGCCAAGAAAAUCUCGCAACAUUCCAACAAGGAACAGAAGCCUAAUGGAAAGCCAGCAGACCCAAACAGAACCCAUCCAUAUGGAGAUGAAGCUGGUGUAGAGAAUCCAGCAUUUAUACCAGACACCUAUCCUCCCAUGCAUAACCCACCCUGGCAAACAGGGACAGGGACCAACAUGACUGUGGCACCCUCCCAGAGGGCCCAAGGACGAAUGCCCUGGACACCCAACAACCUUAGACAACUAGCACCACUGAGAUUGAGUACCCACUCUACAGAUUCCUUCAUGAUAGCCGAUGCUUCUCUUGAUCAGGAGGCGCCUGAAAAGAAGCCUGGAGCAGACCAUACCAGGAAUCAAACCAGAUUGUAAUAUAUUCCCACCCACCAAUAUUAAUUUACCAAGCAUCUGAUUAGGUUAUUCGAUUAACACAGAGACUAUACACUUCAUUUUAGGCUGUUUCAUUUUGUCAUGAGCCCAUAGAUUAUGGAACGAUUUCCCUUACAAAAAGGUGCGUGGUACAGAGAUGGUAUAAAAUAGAACUACCAUGGUACUUUAAUAUAUACCAUGUUACAGAAAUUCCUGUAACAUUGUAUUUACAUGGUACCUCCAAGGCACUACCACAGUACAUGUCCAUGCACAAUGGUACUUUAUUUUUUUUUUAAGCACUGGAUUUGAAUUAUAGUAUUCAUGACAAGAUUUUUAUGGGUAAAUGAUGCAUAUUUGUGUUUUUUUUUUUUUUUUUUUUUAAAUCAACAUCAAGAUUUUAGGUUAAAAUGUAUUUGAAUGUAAAAGGGAAACUGUGUAUUUUAAGUGCUGUGACUGGUCACCAUUUCCUGUUUUAAAAAAAAUGUUAACCUUUUUGGCUUCACUAGUUGAAUUUAUAAAAGUAGAAAAAUUCCAAAUUCAUAAAACUGCAAGAAUAAUAACUACAAAACUAGCAAAAAAUGUAUAAGCAUAAUAAUAACAGUAAUUAAAAAAAAAAAAAAUCUGUUUAAAAUAGUUUUAGACUAUUUAGACUAACACAGCAAUGACAAAAACAGGUGACCUUAUGCUUCUGUGUUUUUGUUCACUAAAUGUUUUUCCCUAAAAUAAUUGAAAGGGAAGAGAAUAAAAUACAGAUGUAAGAUGAAACAAUUAUAGUACUUAUGUUAGUGGUUAUGGAAUUUUACUGAACAGGCAGCAUUUUUCUUUUUGAAAGUCCACCUAGUGGUGAAUGCUGUAAUGGCACUUUACCAUAAUGACAGAAUGCUGGAAAAUUCUUACAUACAGCUAAAAAAAAAAUAAAAUAAAAACAAAGCAGUGCAUUCAGGGAAGCAUAAAACUGUUAGAUAUUUUUUGUCUUUACUGAGUGCCAAAUCAGAACUGUCUAUUAGUUUUUAGUCUAUAAAUGUUUGACCUUGGACAAGUUGGUCAAUAACAUACAAUUUUAAGUCAGCAUGUUGUAUGUGCUUAUUUAUUAUUAUCGUUUGGCGCUUAUUUAUAGUAUGUCUAUGUAUUCUGAAUUUCUGUUAUCUCUUGAUUUGUUUUUUGAGAUUUACUCAAAACUAUAAGUGUUUUAUUAGCACAA